GCCGUUAGCGCGAGGACACACACACACACGAGCACGCAGCACUUUUCAACUCCAAAAACAAAAAAAACAAAACUACGUUCUAAAAAUAUUGCAUGUGAAUACAGGGAAUGGUUUUAACUACUGAAAACUGUACCGGUGCGCUAUUCCAAGCCUCUUUCGUGGACUUUUAAUUAACGCGCGCAACGACGGACGAGGACUUACUUUUUUGGUGCAUCUAAAAACCGCGACUGAUGAUUUAACCGACGUACACGCACGUGCCAAGAGCACAGAUAAUAGGUUUGGUUUAUUUUCGAGAAACUUUUUUCGCCCAAGUAGUUCACGUUCUUCUCUAAAAUUGGCUCCCGUACAAACAGCCGCGUUGGAUCCCUCGGGUUACUGCGAGACUCCGGUAUACAACCCGGAUCUCUGCCCAAACAUGAUAGCCGCACAGGCCAAGCUCGUAUACCACCUCAACAAAUACUACAACGAGAAAUGCCAGUCUCGGAAGGCGGCCAUCUCCAAGACCAUCAGGGAGGUUUGCAAGGUGGUCUCGGAUGUCCUAAAAGAGGUCGAGGUGCAAGAGCCACGGUUCAUCAGCUCCUUGAACGAAAUGGACAACCGUUUCGAGGGUCUGGAGGUCAUCUCCCCCACCGAAUUCGAGGUGGUCCUCUAUCUCAACCAGAUGGGGGUCUUCAACUUCGUGGACGACGGCUCUCUGCCCGGCUGCGCCGUGCUAAAGCUAAGCGACGGCCGCAAAAGAAGCAUGUCCCUCUGGGUCGAGUUCAUCACGGCGUCGGGAUACUUGUCAGCGCGCAAAAUACGCUCCAGGUUCCAGACGCUGGUGGCGCAGGCGGUGGAUAAAUGCAGUUACAGAGACGUGGUUAAGAUGGUCGCGGACACGAGCGAGGUGAAGUUGCGCAUCAGGGACAGAUACGUGGUUCAGAUCACUCCGGCUUUCAAAUGCACUGGUAUAUGGCCCCGGAGCGCAGCACACUGGCCCCUGCCCCACAUUCCGUGGCCGGGCCCCAACAGGGUAGCAGAAGUCAAAGCGGAGGGCUUCAAUCUACUGUCGAAGGAAUGCUACUCGUUAAACGGGAAACAGAGCUCGGCGGAGAGCGAUGCCUGGGUGUUGCAGUUCGCGGAAGCUGAGAACCGACUGCUGUUGGGAGGUUGCAGGAAGAAAUGUCUGUCCCUGCUCAAGACGUUACGCGACCGUCACCUUGAACUACCAGGACAGCCUCUGAAUAAUUACCACAUGAAAACUCUGGUGUCGUACGAGUGCGAAAAACAUCCGAGAGAGUCGGACUGGGACGAAAACUGCCUUGGGGACCGCCUGAACGGAAUUUUAUUGCAGCUCAUUUCGUGUUUGCAGUGCAGGAGGUGUCCUCACUACUUCCUACCGAACCUAGACCUUUUCCAAGGGAAGCCCCAUUCCGCUCUCGAGAACGCAGCCAAGCAGACUUGGCGACUGGCGAGAGAGAUUCUGACCAACCCUAAAAGCCUGGAGAAGCUUUGAGGUAAAACUAUACCGACAUGUAUGUGAAGUGAAAGCAGAAAGUAGGCCUGCUUUGGGGUGCCUAACGUCCGUGGGAAGGCCUAAAACUAAGCCAGAAAUGCCUGGACAAAACGCGCGCUGCUGGUAAAUCCUACCCACGUGCUUGUAAAAUGUGUAUUUAUGGCAUUGAUAAAAAUUAUUUUAGAGAUCUCCGUCUAAAAUAGUUUUUAUAACUCCUGUGACCGUUUUCUAUAAGCGAGCAAAAUGUAACAACAAUCAAAAAUGAAUGGUUAUUUAUCAUCAGUGUUAUAACUUCCCCCCCUCUUUUUAUUCUUCAAAAUCAGAGCCCGUGACAAGCCUUGACAAAUUACAGACCUGUACAUUUUUAUACUGUAAAUACAUACAUUUGUAGAUUGUGA